AUGAAGGAGGAGGGCCUGACUCUGAAGCAGGGCAUGGAGGCCUGCUCCUCUGUGGAGGACCCCUUCAACACCGAUUAUAGAAUGAUGAUGACUCUGGGACACGGACAUUUUUCUGAAGUUAAACUCGCCUUCCAUGUGCCCACUGUGACCUGUGUGGCUGUAAAACUCCUUAGAAACAAGAAGAAGUACAAUUCGAUUUUUAAUAGUGAAAUCAGCGUCAUGAAAUCCAUGAACCAUCCAAAUAUAAUCAAGCUGUUUCACGUGAUCGAGAAGGAAGAGAUCACCUACCUGGUGAUGGAGCACGCCUCAGAGGGAGAGCUGCUGCGGCGCAUCCUGGAACGGGGGUCUUUACCGGAGAGCGAGGCUGAAAUGAUAUUUACUCAGGUGGUACACGCAGUGAAUUACUGUCACGAAAAUCAAGUUGUCCACAGAGAUAUAAAAGCCACGAAUAUUCUUAUGGACUGCAGGGGGAACGCCAAGCUGAUUGAUUUUAGUCUCUCUGUCAAAGUAACUCCUGGGCAGAAACUGCGGGGUUUCUGCGGCACUCUGCCCUAUUGUGCCCCAGAACUUUUUGCCCGAGGGGAGUACGAUCCUUACCCCAUUGACAUGUGGUGUUUAGGGAUUCUCCUCUUUCUCAUGGUGGCUGGGCACUUCCCUUUCCAAUCUAAAUCUUUUUCAGGCAUGAGGAACGAGGUCACCUCAGGCAAUUUCACGAUUCCUCACUAUGUAUCCAUCAGUAUUUUCAAUAUUAUCUUAGAAUUACUGAUAAUCAAUCCCUGCAGAAGGCCCACCAUCAAGGACAUCAUGAGGCGCCCCAUGAUCAGGGCCAGUGAGGCACGUUCACCACCUCCCUCCACCCCUGCCUCCCAGGCACCCCGAGCCCUAGCAUUAUCGGGACCAUGA